UCAGCAGGAGGACGAGCCCGCAGCGGAGCUCGAAGCCGUCGUCGCCGUCUCGGAGGAGAGAUGGGGCUCUCGUUCGGCAAGCUGUUCAGCCGCCUCUUCGCCAAGAAGGAGAUGAGGAUUCUCAUGGUCGGUCUCGACGCCGCUGGUAAGACCACCAUCCUCUACAAGCUCAAGCUCGGGGAGAUCGUCACCACCAUCCCCACCAUCGGAUUUAACGUUGAGACUGUCGAAUACAAGAACAUCAGCUUCACUGUUUGGGACGUGGGGGGUCAAGACAAGAUCAGGCCCCUGUGGAGGCACUACUUCCAGAAUACGCAGGGACUCAUCUUUGUUGUUGACAGCAAUGAUAGGGAGCGUGUUGUUGAGGCCAGAGAUGAGCUCCACAGGAUGCUCAAUGAGGACGAGCUGCGUGAUGCUGUGUUACUUGUAUUUGCAAACAAACAAGAUCUUCCUAAUGCCAUGAAUGCAGCUGAAAUCACUGACAAGCUUGGUCUGCACUCCCUUCGCCAGCGGCACUGGUACAUUCAGAGCACUUGUGCUACAUCUGGUGAAGGAUUGUACGAGGGACUUGACUGGCUCUCCAACAACAUUGCCAACAAGGCUUGAAGUGUCUCCACAACGCUUCCAGGAACCUCUGGCUGUGUGAAGAACUCACUGCUACCAUUUUUGUGAUAUAUAAAUAUAUACACUCUACAACAGAUAGUAUGUAUGCUUAUGUGACAGAAGCUCUCCUUGGAGUGGGCUAGUAUCAGGUUGUUUCUUCGGGUGGGUAUUAUCAGCGUUUCUGUUCGGUUUUACAAGGUUUACUGUGUCAACCGUGUGUAUGUUUUUGAGAUAUAGUAAAAUGAGGCAUGGUGCCAAAUAUUCGAUUAGUUCAGUACUGUGGAUGGUGCAAAUUGUUAGCCUAUGAUGUGAGCGCUCUUUUCACAAGUUCUGUAUUAUGAUCCUUUGCUACUUUGGAUCUGGUUUCAUCUAUGCUUUUGUGCAAGCUGAUUGUAUA